GUCAGUUGGGGAUAACAAAGUCUUGGACUUUAGUCCGAACCUAUCUUCAAAUUGUUAGUGCCGUACCUGUCUUCAUAUUCGCUUAUUGCACCCUGAAGAAGACUGACUGCUUGGGACAAACAGUUGGUGGUGAUUACUGCAGUGUUGCUUGCUUCCCCUUAAAACACUGAGUCAUGGUGAUGUCCAAGUUCUUCGAGACGCUCCCUGAGGGGUAUGGCUACGUGGUGCUCGCUGGCACUGGCAGCGUCUUCGUCAACAUGUGGAUGGCCAUCAAUGUUGGCAGAGCUAGGAAGAAGUUUGAAGUCCCAUACCCUGAGAUGUACAGCUCCUCGUCCAAAGAAUUCAACUGUAUCCAGCGGGCUCACCAGAAUACAUUAGAAACGUAUCCUCAGUUCCUCAUGCUGUUGUUUGUCGGAGGGCUCCAAUACCCUAAAAUCAGUGCAGCGGCAGGAGCGGUGUAUCUGGCCGGCAGGAUCGCCUACGCUCUCGGCUACUACACUGGCGACCCUGAGAAGAGGAGAUGGGGAGCGGUCGGCCAUAUUGCAGAGUUGGUGCUGCUUGGCAAUGUGUUGUCCCUGGCCGCCCACCAGCUGGGCUGGGUCGGACACCGCCAUUGUCGUAUGAGAUUUUGAAUGUGAUGCUGUGAAAAGCCACUGAACAGGAAGGGUGCCUUUUAGAUAAUAAGAACGGUGGUCGUCAAUAUCACGAUCGUCAAUAGCAGUGGCGUACAUUGCCUAACCAUAACACUGCACAUCAGGAUUCAAGAGAAGGCACAACAACUGGGUCAUGAAAUCCACGGGAAGACACCAAUUCCCGGAUUCUAAGCUUUAUUAAUUUCCAAUGAAGAAAAAUGCUCUAUUUUGAUAAUGCUUUACUUUAUUUUAAUUCUUAAGGACAUUUCCAUGACAUGAAAUAACAAUGCAGUGUAGAAAUUAACCCAUUGGAUGUUAUGAAUCAUGAACUUGAGUUGUUAAUAUUCAGAUAUGAUAUGUGUUCCAUGUUAGAGCAUAUUCCAAUUUAGGUCAAUGAAAAACUGGUAGGUUUGGAAUGUUUGGUAUUUUAUUGAAAGUCCCUGUAGGGCUAGUCUUGUGAAUGUCUUUAGAUGUGCCACCUGCUCGUGCACCUUCGUUGAAUGUUAGGUGUGAGUGUCCUUUGUGUGUUUAGCUGCUGACAAGUCCCGUAAAUUGGCUCCAUUCAGGCUGUAGUAGUAGUUUGGCAUCUGGUAACCUCUGUAGUUUCAGGCUUGUUUUCAAAAGAAAUGAUAAAAAUAAUUGUCAAGUAUAUAUAGAUAUGUUUUCAAAAGAAUCGGUAAAAAUAAUUUUCAAGUAUAUAUAUAUAUCUAUCUAUCUUUCGAUUUCCAGUUGGUCAUUUUAUUUCAGUGACAUUUGUCCUUUUUUAAUGGAGGACCUACUGUUAGAUUUUUGACUGUCAAAAAGGAUGAAGAUCAGGCUGGUUUCACUGUAGAACAGUACUUGUCAUUUACACGCAGCAUGGACCAAUAAAGUGUCUGUAUGCACA